AUGUAUUCGGGUCCUUACAAUAGUGCACCUGCGGGUAAUCCCUACGGUGGCCCUCCGCAGAUGUCCUCUGGUGGUCCCUACGGCGCAGGCGCCCCACAGGCGGGCCCCGGCCCCUAUGGUUCGUCCAUGCCUUCGGCCAACGCAGGCCCUUACGGUGCCCCCGCGGGGCCCUAUGGAGCCCAAGCCCAGGGAGCUUCUGGCCCCUAUGGCGCGUCGCAGGCUGCUCCACAGCCAGCAUCGGGCCCUUAUGGGUCAACUGCCCCUGGAUACGGUGCGUCAGCCCAGCCUUAUGGAGCCGCUGCUUCCACCGCAGGCGUCGGCCCCUACGGCGCAGGCGCUCCAUCGAUGGGUGGUAGCGGGGUCGGUGGUCCUGGGCCGUACGCAAACCCUGGUGGCCCUUACGGCUCAUCGGGCCAGCCACCUGCAGGGCUGUACGGCUCUGGCGCCCAGCCAGGUAUGAUGGGAGGUCCUUACGGCGCACAAGGGCAGAUGGGCAUGGGUGGUCCCGCUCCAGGGUACGAGCAGACUCGGAUCCCGGGAAUGGACGUAGGCGGGUAUAGCCAGGGUCCUGUUGGGGGCCCGCAGACCAUAGAACCGAUCGAAGAGGUCAAGAGAGUGCGCUUCCACAUGACGAACGGCUACGAGUUUUCUCUCUCCAUCGCAAUUCCUCACAAGACCCUUGUCCCUCGCACAGAGUGGAUUCAGGACAAGGACGUGAACAACUGCCAGGGCUGCGACACGGCAUUCACACUUCUUAACCGCCGCCACCACUGCCGUAGGUGCGGACGCAUAUUUUGCAAUGCUUGUUGCAUCAAGCCAAUUGAUAUCCUGAGCGAUACUGGAACAGACAGGCUUUGCAAACUCUGCAAGGCUGUCAUGCUUGUGGUGGACGGGCCUCCCAAUCCCCUUGCUUACGACGUAAAGCAGUUUCUCGAGGACCAGAGCUUAUCUGUGUAUCUCACGUCGCAAGACCACUUAAUGGCCGCCGAAUACAUCCGCCUUAUCCAGAACAACCUCAGGAACAACGACUCUCGCACAUUUCUGAUGCAAUACAGGCCGCAGCUCAUCUAUAGAGCAGUCGAGCUUUUGGACCAGGCUGUUCGUUCAAUCGUUGAUCAUGCCUCUCGGGUUCACUACAUCACGCUCCCGCAGUCCCAGGGCGGAUAUGCCAUCCCGAACGGUCCCCAAAUGAUGAAUCUCCGAGAUGCAUCAACCAUCAUUUCACACUCACUCGGCCUCUUGAUCAACCUGACGAGCACAUCGAACAAGCAAUUUGCUAGCGCCUUGGCCUACAUCCGCGAGGUAGACACAAUUGGCAUAAUAGUCUCGGUCCUUACUCCAGAGGUGGACCUGGUCAAGCAGGAGUUGGCGAUUUGGGCUCUCCGCAACAUUACCGCAGAUCCAGGGUGCAUUCCUCGCAUCAUGGAGCAUCGCAACUUUGUUCCUGGAGUGGCGCGCCUCCUCGGCACCGCUGUCCGUGCAACGGGAGAGUUCAUUACAAGCCUGAUUGGAAACAUUGCCCUUGCUGCUCCUGACUAUGUUCCGCGUCUCCUGCCGUCCAACCCUAUACCGAAUAUGGUCGAUACUCAUGAGAUCCUCAAGUUUAUCAUGCAUAAUAUAGACAUCACGGCGCAUGUCACACAGUGCAUGGCCAUGCGCCUGAUGGGUCUCUUUGCCAAGAACGCGCACUCUAAGGAUAUCCUCAUCAACUACAAGGUUCACGAGUCCAUUGUGGCUGCUUUAGCUAAGCGUGCUGUUGAGUUCUUUACGACUGCGGGCAAUUCCGCGGCCAUGGCCCUCGACUCGGCUCUUCGCUACGUCAGAUCAGAGACGAUGGCAAACCCCAUGAAGGACGUUAACGAGGCCUACGUCAUGUCUGGCGGAUUCUUCGCCUUAGGGUGCUUUGUGGAGCUUGACGAGGAGGCUGUGACAAAGGCGAUCAUUGACGGAAUCUUUGGUUCUCGCGAGCUGACUCUUUACCUCAUGAAGUCCAUCUCCCGAGAGACGGCGUACACCUGUGUUGAGAGUUCCUACUUCCUUCGUGUUCUUCUUGCAGGUAGCACUAAGGAGGUGUCUGACCGAAUCAUCGGAGACGAACAGUACAAGAGUGAUUUCAUACGCAACGUUGUCAUUGUCCUCGACCGCCCCUUCAUUAUGGAAACAGUCACCACCAAUUGCCAGUCCAUGCUGUCUGCGCUGCAGAACAGCGACAAUAGCUCUUUAGCUACCGAAAUAAAUACUCGGCUCAAGGGAGGCGCCGGUUCGCAGGGCCAGGGUGGAGUUAACAUUGCGGAGGCCUUGUCUUCGAACUAUGCCGGCGCAGAGAUGAACGAGACAGAUCUCAAGAGGCAGGCUACAGGCCCCUAUGGAGUCCCCAGUGGUAUGAACAUUUCUGGAAUCCCCAACCCAUAUUCAAUGCCCCAGCAACAGUGCCCUGUGAUCCCGCAACAAGGGUACCAGGGACAACCGUCAGCAAGCCUCUAUUCUGCAGGCCAGCCUCCUGUCUCUGCUGUUGGGGGCCAAGGUUUUGGGCAGUCUGGCGGGAUGUAUGGCCAGGGAGUUCCGCAGCCGGCUUCGGGGGCACCUGGGCCGUACGGCUCUUCCGUUGCCUCCAAUCUGUACGGAGCUGUUUCCUCGUCUAAUCCGUAUGCUGCGGGUAACCCUUCUGCGGGCUCUAACAUGGGACCGUAUGGUGCGCCCCAACAGGGCUACUCUGGAGCCGUUUCGGCACCAGCGCCUAUGUCAGGCUCUUAUGGGGCUGGAGUUCCUGUCUCGACAUAUGGAUCCACUCCAGCGCCCGCCGGGCCUGGGGCUUCUGGGCCCUAUGGAGCACCACAGACUUCCAACCCCUAUGGUGCCCCUGCACCCGCCUCGAAUCCUUAUGGCGCCGCAACGGCACCAAAUCCUUAUGGGGCUCCUAGUGGAUCUAAUCCGUAUAAGACGUCUAGUUUUCACAGUGAGGAGCUGGCGUGA